AACACACAUUUAGCAGUUACAUCUUCAUUAAAUCGAUGAACCUAACUUUACAGAUCGAUGUAACGGUCACAAAGUUCUUUAUUUGGACUUUCCAGAGUAUUGAAGUUUGAAUAUGCCAUCUACUAGGCGGCAAACUCAGAAGUACAAAUGGAUAUAUCAGUAUCAGUAUCAGUCGCUGUCCACGACACUCAAGCAAGUGUUCAGCAAAUCCUUCGACAAUUUUCUAUCACUACUAGCAGCCAAUUCCAGUGGUUGUUGCAGAUUCCAAAUCACCCGAAACGCCUCUCCGCCAUGCAUAAAUUCAUCGUUUCACUUCUGGCCAUGGCUGCCUGCACACCUCUUCUUGUGUCUGCAAGCUGUGGUGUCGAAGGGUUCAAACGUUCAGAAUACGGUACCUUUUGUCUCGACGGAACUGCUGCGACAUCAUGCUGUGGGUACGGAUCCUGCAACAUCUUUUGCGAUAACUGCGAUGGCGGUUGUCGUGAAGAGAACUAUGACGGUUGUGUGAUGCUUGCCAACUACAACAGGGAGCAAUGCCUCCACUUCUCCGUGGCAGAAUCUGAGAGACCAACUUCUCCGACAGUCGCCGUGCAGGAUGAGGCACAUGUUGGUCGAGUGAGGAAACUGAUAAUGUUGACUUUGCCUUCUCUGGGCCGGAGUUGACACUGAGGUUCGAGGACUGUAAAGUUACCGAACCAUGUCUGGAGGGAACGGAAAGCUGGCCGGAUCAUUCGGAGAGGCUUCUGACAGCAAUAAGAAUCAGUGAACAAGAUCCUACCCUUGUGCAAGGCUG